AUGAAUUAAUACCAUGAUGUCACUAUCAAAUGUCCAAAUACUGAGCAUACCUAAAAUGUUACAUUAGUAUGUUUUGAUGAAUCUUGUAAAGGAGAGAGAUUAUAUUGUCAUUAAUGUAUAAAAAAUGGAAAUCAUAUUUCACAUCCUCAAAAUUAAGAAGAAUUGCCAUUUUUAUUCGAACAUAUUUAAAGGGUUGAAAAGGAAUGUGCUGAUUUAAUUCAUAGUAUGAAUUAAUAAUUUGAUUUGGUUAAUCAUGACUUCUAAUUAUUAAUUGAUGGAAUUAGAUCUAAAUAUCAAAUAACUAAAUAAUAAUUGCUUAACUUAAAUUCUAAAUAAAUUAAUUCUUACCUAUCAUAAAGUAUACAUUUCAGAUAAUUUGAAUUUACAACCAUUUAAUUAGUAUAUUAAUUAACAAAUGAAAUCAAAAGCUAAAUUUAGAAAUUAUUGUCUGAUUUAUAAUUAAAUGAAUUAAACUAUUAUUAAUUUUCUAAAUUAAAUCUAAAUAAGUCAGAAGAAUUGUAUUAAAGAGGUAUUAAAUUAAUAAAUUAGGAUAUAAACUAUAUUUAAAUGAUAAAAAAUUUGAUGAGGCUAUUAAAAUAUUUGAUUAAGCAUUAGCUUUAAAUUCAAGGCAUUAAUUAUCAUUAUGGUGUAAAGGUAUGAUCAUAUUUUAAUGUAUUAGCGGACAGUUUAAAAAUGCUUGGUUACUAUAAUGAAGCAAUCAUUUGGACAGACAAAGCUUUGUAACUAGAUCCUAGACAUUAUAAUUCAUUAUACAGUAAAGGUAUAAUGAUAUGUUAAUAGAUUAGCGGAGAGUUUAAAAAUGCUUGGUUUAUUUAAUGAAGCAAUCCUUUGGGCAGAUAAAGCUUUAGAAGUAGAUCCUAAGCAUUGUCAUUCAUUAUAUACUAAAGGUACUCAUAUAUCUUAAUUAUAAAGGUGAUUCAUUAAGAUUAUUAAAAAAGUAUAAUGAAGCAAUGAAAGUGAUAGAUUAUUCUCUAUAAAUCAAUCCAAAUCAUUUAGAUUCAUUAAGAUCUAAAGGUUGCGUCUAUGGUAUUAAUUUUAGGUGCAUGUUUACAAGAUCAGAAACAUUAUUAAGAAGCUUUGAUAUUUUAUUCAAAAGCUUUAGCGAUUAAUUCUAAUCAUGAAUGGACUAAAAAUAGAAAAAGUAUUUUAUUUCUAAUAUAUCAGAUGAGUGUUUAAAGGCUUUAGAAAUCAAAUGA